UUAUCAGAGUCGGUCAGUCACUCAUUGCCAUUAUUUAUUAUUUAUAUUUGUGUUCACUGUUAAGUUGUUUACAUCCAUAAAAACGUUGGGUUACAAAUAAUUAUUCUGUGGUGUUAAUAUCUAGUCUUAGUUUCUCUUUAAUUUUCUUAACAAUUUUUUGAUGUUAAAUAUCUUCAACCUUUUUCGGAAAUUGAUUUUUACUGACAAUAUACCUGCGCAGUCAAUCAAAAUGGUAAAAUACUUAAAACAAGACGAAGCCAUAAACAUAGAUCAAGAGCUGUUUGAUGUUUAUAAAUUCAGUGUUGAUCAGUUAAUGGAACUGGCAGGUUUGAGUUGUGCGACAGCUAUACACAAGUGCUUCCCACCCAAUGAUUAUAAGAAAGUGCUUGUGAUUUGUGGACCCGGUAAUAAUGGUGGUGAUGGUUUGGUAUGUGCUAGACAUAUGCAACUGUUUGGUUAUUCAUCCGAAGUGUAUUAUCCGGUGCAAACUAACAAACCUUUAUACUGUAAUCUAGUACAUCAAUGUAUCAAUUCUAAUGUGACUGUGUUCAAUUCAUUGCCUGAAAGUAUAAUUGGAUAUGAUAUAUUAGUGGAUGCAUUAUUUGGUUUUAGUUUCAAGCCACCUGUACGACCAACAUUUUUGAAUAUUAUGGAUAUUUUAAAAACCACCAAUAAACCUAUAUGUAGUAUAGACAUUCCCAGUGGAUGGAGUAUUGAAGGUGUGCCUGAAAGUGAUGGGAUAAAACCAGAAUUAUUAAUUUCUUUGACAGCACCAAAAGAAUGUGCCAGAAGCUUCAAAGGAAAAUAUCAUUAUUUAGGUGGAAGAUUUGUUCCCAAAGCAUUGGAAAAUAAAUACCAAUUAGAAUUACCUCCAUACCCCAAUGCAGAAUGCUGUGUACAAUUAUAAAACUAUUUUACUUUGGUGUAACCAAUAGAAAGAUUUUUAAAUUUUCAUAAAUUUAUUUUUUGUAAA